AUGGAGGACUACUUCAGUGGGUCAGAUUCAAUUGAAGAAGCACUAACACUAUUCCGUGAUGUAUCCCAAGCACUAAAUACUGGGGGCAUGAUGCUACGGAAAUGGUGUUCAAACAAUCCAGCUGUCAGACAAUACAUAUCAGAAGUAUCUGACGAACCACAUUUCUCAUUGGAUCUAGGGAAUCAGGACACAAUCGGAUCACUAGGAUUAGUCUGGUGCCCAGAGAAGGAUCAACUGACGUAUAGCACAUCACAGAGGGAACAAGUUGAUACCAGGACUAAACGUAGCUUACUUUCAUCGUUAAACAGUAUAUUUGACCCCCUUGGUUUUUUAGGUCCAGUUCUGAUACGUGGCAAGGAGACCUUCAUCAAGGAUUUGGAAAACCUAGACCAACUAUUCAUUCCGCGAUCAGUAAAGUAUAAUCCGCAUGGAGAAAUCCAAUUGCACGGAUUUUGCGAUGCAUCACAGAUAGCGUAUGGCGGAUGUGUGUACUUUCGACAGCAGGUCAGUGACGAAUUGUGUCAUGUACAAUUGCUAUGCGCCAAGUCACGAGUGGCACCCACAAAAACACAAACAAUACCCCGAUUGGAACUGUGCGGCGCCCAUCUGCUGGCUGAGCUGAUAUCAAGGGUAGAAAAAUCGAUGGGAUUGUCACUACAUAAUACACAUUGUUGGACCGACUCCACAGUUGCUCUAACUUGGAUUCAAGGAGAGUCUUCACAGUGGAAAACAUAUGUAGUUAACCGAGUCACGCAGAUCAAUGAAGCUGUCAAGCAACAAAACUGGUCUCAUGUAAGUACCAGCCUCAACCCAGCUGACGCUUUAUCUCGUGGAGUAUCAGCCACUGAGUUAUUGAACUUAAGCUUGUGGUGGUCAGGACCAAAGUUCUUACAAAAACGCUUAAUCAAUAAUAGAUGUAAAGAAGAAUUUCAGCUACCAGAUGACAACACCUUAGAAAGAAGACCACUAAAAUUCACUCUUGCUACUACAAUAAACCAAUUUAAAUCUAGAUUUUCUGUCACGGGUUGGCUCCGAAACGGCUUGACCGAUUUGGCUGAUUUGCCUGGUUAG